AAUUUUCCACAAAAAAAAAAAUAAGCUUCCAUUGACACGAAGAAAUUAUUCUCGAGUUCUUUAAGAGAGUACACAUAAUUAAUAAUUAUUAUUUAUUGUACCAAAUUUUUUUUCUCUUCUGGAAAAAUGAUUUUUCAACUGUUGAUUUUAUUCCUUAACACCGGAAUAUUGGUACAUUCCCGAUUAGUGAGCAGACACCACAGUUUCGGAGAAAAUAAUACAGACUAUGAAACAAUGGAUAAAUGGACAAUGAACCACAAUAGACCAUUUAAUAAAUCCUCUAAUAUGUUGUACGGAUGGGAUGUAGAAAUUAAGACAGAUAAUGAGUGGGGUAAAUGUUUUGGUACAUUCAUCGCACCGCGAGUAUACAUCACUGAUCCUGUGUGUCUUGAAAGUCAUAAUAUUAUGGAUGAUACAGCUAGAAUUGUUAUCGGAAAAGAAUACGACGGUAAAAAAAUCAGAGAUGACAUAAAAGUCAAUGUCAAUGAAAUAUUCUACAGUGAAGACUUUAAUCAAUUGUUCAAUAAGAAUAAACGUAAAAUAGCAGUAGUUAUAACUGAUGAACCAGUUGGACCCGAACAAGAUAAAAAUGGAUACGUAAAAAUAAAUUCAAAUCUUGAUGAUAUUUAUACAGACAAGUGUUACGUACCACAAUAUAAUGGCCGGGAAACGACAUUUACUUACUGUGAUUUUGUAGUGUUCGAUAAUCGUUUCGGAAAUCCUACUAAUAUUUAUUGUUUUGGCUCCCAGGAUUUUCCGAGUUCCGGAAGUGGUUUAUUUUGUGCCUUGAAAACAAAUCUCAAAGUCGAUGUUUUAGUUGGAAUUAUAGCUGGUAAAAGCCAUGGCUAUAAAUUCUGGAGAAGCUCGAAUCUGUUCACGGCAGUUGUUGAAAAUAUUAGCGGACUAAAUGAAACUAUAAUGAGCAAUGUAGACGAUGAGUUAAAUUAUCUUACUUAUAUUCAGGGUCUUACGCUUGAAUAACCGCUGACAAAAUAACCGCGAUAAAAUAACUGACGACAAAAUAACCGAAUGACAAAAUUACCGUAUGACAAAAUAACCGACGACAAAACACACAAAAACCAUGAUAAAAGGGGGGUUAUUUUGUCAUUUGGUUAUUUUGUCAUUCGGUUAUUUUGUCGUCGGUUAUUUUGUCUUUGGUUGAACUGUUACGCAACCAUGUUAUUAAGAACAGUUCGAAAUGAAAAAUUCGUUUCUUUAAGAAAUUCGAAUAAUUCAAAAUAAUUACCUAAAAUAUCGAUGAAAUAAAAAUGAUUUAAAAUUGGUAAUUAAAUAAAUAAUCAAUUUAAAAAUAA